CUCCCCUGGCCCAUAGGCCAUAGACACGACGCUGCUUCCUUCCGCGUCCGUUUGCUUGAUCCAGAAACCCUCGUCCACCCGCCCACCGCUUCCUCCCCUAAAUCGAAAUCCCUCCUGCGGUCCUGCCCCUACCUCCGGCAGAUCAGCUGAGAGUGCGAUGGAGGCGAAGAUGAGCAAGUUCUUCGACUCGGUGGGCUCCUUCUUCACCGGCGGCGACAACAUCCCCUGGUGCGACCGCGACAUCAUCGCCGGAUGUGAAAGAGAUGUUGCUGAGGCUGCAACGGAAGAGCAUAAAAAUGAUAGCAUGAUGAGGCUCUCUUGGGCUCUUGUCCAUUCCAGACAGCCAGAGGAUGUGAAUCGUGGAAUUGGCAUGAUUGAAGCUUCUUUGGAUAAAACCACAAGCCCACUACAGACUAGAGAAAAGCUGUAUUUAUUGGCUGUUGGGCACUACAGAAAUGGUAACUAUAUAAGAAGCCGCCAACUUGUGGACCGUUGUUUGGAGAUUCAACCUGAUUGGAGGCAGGCCUCAUCUCUGAAGAAAGCAAUAGAGGAUAAAAUUUCUAAAGAUGGUCUGAUUGGUAUAGGAAUCGCCACAACUGCGGUUGGACUUGUGGUUGGUGGGAUCGCAGCUGCUCUUGCCAGAAAGAAGUGAGAUGGCAUCUGCUUACUGAUGAAGUAGAAGGCUUUUCUUUCUGUAUUGUUAGUUGUUCUACUCUUCACUGGGUCUUAUUUCAGUCGAGUCACUACAACAAUGUGUGCAUAAACUGAGUUUAAGAUAUCAUGGCACUGUGUAUCGUCGGAUAAUCAAAUCAACACAAAUCUUCAUGGAGUACAGCAAAUGAAUGAUCAUGGUUCUUAUUCA